AUGAACCUACAUUAUACUGUAGUAGCAGGUGUGAUAUUUUUAAUGCUUUAUGAAAUGCAUUUCCUGGAAAGUCGUCGUAUCGAAUUUACCAAUAUAAAAUGUUCUUCAAUGGACGAAGAAUUUAGUAACAUCGAAUAUUGCUUUCUGAAAGCUGCGAAUCGCUCUUACAAAUACUUAUCACUCAAGAUCCGGCUCCUUAAGAUACCUGUACAUCAAUUUACGGUGAACCUGGCAUUACGCAAGCGAUCAAAUGGUCUAAUGCCCUUUAACCAAAACAUUACUUUUGACGGCUGUAAGAUGGUGGCUGAUGCCGGAAAUAGAAUGAUUUCAUUUCUCUUUUCCUUAUUCAAGCCGUACUCAAACAUCAACCACUCCUGUCCCUAUGAUCACGACCUUCUGGUGGACAGGCUGCCCACCCACUUCGUACACCACCAGUUUACCGGAUAUAUACCAUUUCCCGAGGGCGAUUAUGUAUUUAACAGCAACUGGAUUGUAAAUGGUUCAAAUCGAGUCAGUGUUAGGGUCCACUUCUCGUUUACAUGA